AUGAUGAACUCUUCAUAUGUUUCAUAUUUCACACUUGCUGCUUACUUUGACACUGGGGUGUUUAAAUACUUAUAUUUCUUGCUGAUUUUGUCCUUAUAUGUCUUCAAAGUGUGUGCCAAUGUGUUGCUGGUUGUGGUUAUCUGUGUGAACAGGAGCUUACAUGAACCUAUGUACCUUUUUCUGGUCAGCCUGUUUGUAAAUGAACUGUAUGGUAGUACAGGGUUGUUUCCAUUCCUUCUGGUUCAGAUCCUCUCUGACAUUCACACUGUUUCUGCUCUCUUCUGUUUCCUGCAGAUUUUCUGUGUGUAUACUUAUGCUGGUGUAGAGUUUAUUAACUUAGCCGCCAUGUCUUAUGACAGAUAUCUUUCCAUCUGUUAUCCUCUGCAAUAUCACACACGUAUGACAUCUAAUAAGGUGGUUGUGCUUAUCACUGUAACGUGGUCUCUUCCUUUUUUUGCUGUUUUUGUCACAACAGCAUUGAGUGCCUCCUUACAGCUGUGUGGGAACAUCAUUAAUAGAGUUUAUUGUGACAACUAUUACAUCAUAAAACUGGCUUGCUAUGACACCACAAUUAAUAAUGUUUAUGAAUUUGUUGCUACUUUUUUCAUAGUCUGUGUUCCUGUAUGUGUGAUCCUCUACACCUACAUGAGGAUCCUUAAAGUGUGUUUUUCUGGUUCUAAGCAGACGAGACAGAAAGCUGUCAGUACCUGCACACCCCACCUCGCUUCUCUCAUCAACUUUUUCUUUGGUUGUUUAUUUCAAAUAUUACAGAGCAGGUUUGAUAUGAGCAGUGUACCCAUGAUAUUACAAAUUUUGUUGUCUUUGUAUUUUCUGACGUGCCAACCGAUCUUUAACCCUAUAAUGUACGGCCUCAACAUGUCCAAAAUACGCGUCAUGUGUCAAAGUCUGAUUACACGUUCUGUGCUGGGAGGUUGCUGCAAUUUCUCUCAUCGUUAA